GCCUCACAAGGCAACUCUUCUCCCCCAAAUCAGCACCCGUCGCCCAAAUCGGCGACUCCUCCCCCAAAUCCCGUCGCCGCCACGCCGGCAGUACCACCACCAGCGGCACAGCACCGCCACCGUCGUGCACCCACCCCACAGCACCCGUCGCCACGCCACACCACCGCGACACCGACGCCCCCGCUACGCCAAGCUGCCUCGCACCGCCAAGUUGUUGGUGGCCGCAGCCGGAUCCAGCAGCAGUUAGGGUUACAGCACCAUGGAGACCACCGCAGGCUCCACCUCGUCAGGCACCUCCAUGGCUCGGUCGCGGUCCCCAAGAUCCUCUCCAAUUCCAUAUCGCGUGCCCCCCUUUGAGUACACACCGGCCGUGAACUGCUACUGCGGUCAAAAGACUCCCAAGUGGAUCUCCUGGAGUGACAGGAAUCCAGGAAGGAGGUACCGUUCAUGCUACAGAAAUCAGGCUGGAGGCUGUAGUUUAUGGGUGUGGUUGGAUCCUGAACCAACAGAUUGGCAGAGACAAGUCCUUGUUGAUCUGCGAGAUGCAGUGAAGUCCCUGCGCACAACAAACCGAGCUCUGCAGAUGGAGAAGAAUGAAUUGGAGGCAGAGAAGCAUGAGCUGGAGGUUUUGCUGCAAGAAGCACAGGUGAAGCAUGCUGAAUCAGUUGAGAAGGAGCUCGAGGCCAGGGCACUUGUCAAGGAGCUGGAGGCCAGGGCACUUGUCAAGGAGAAGGGCUCCAAGCACAUUCAAUCUACAAUGACUAGGUGUUGUGGAUGGCAGUUCAGGUGGCCCUGUUAGGACCAAGUGCCGAGCCCCUGAAGAAGCUACAACUGCCUAAUUUAGCUUAGUGAUUUAGCUUAGUAAUUUAGCUUAGUGACUACUUUUGUGCAGUUAUCUUUUGUAUGCCUGUUUAGCCUGGUUGCCCCAGUUUCAGCUGCCUAAGCUGCAGCUGCCAUAUUUAGUAUGAAAUGAGCAAUGCAUGAUCUGAAUGUUUCAAUCUAUUGAAUUGUUGAGCAUUAAAUUGACUAGUUAUUGUGUCCUCAGCAUCUCAGUUAUAUUUGAGCCCACUCACCAA